UUUUUUUUUCCCUUCUUCUCAAAUAAUUGUAAUGAAUGACGUUGAAUCUCAAUGCUUAAAGGUAGCUCUUUCAAAGGAUAAAAAUCGACUUAUGGAUGGUAUCAAACACUGUUCAAGUAUGCUAGCUGAGUUGCGUACAUCUUCAUUGUCCCCUAAAAAUUAUCAUGAGCUAUAUAUAACUGUAUUCGAUGCCAUGUGCUAUUUGACAAGCUAUCUUUUAGAAGCACAUAGAUCAGGUCAGUAUCAUCUUGGAGAUCUUUAUGAAAUCGUUCAAUAUGCUAGUAAUAUUAUUCCACGCCUUUAUUUGAUGAUCACAGUCGGGUCUAUUUAUUUGAGUCUAGAAGAUUCACCUCCCAUAUCUGAAGUUCUAAAUGAUAUGAUAGAAAUGGUAAAAGGUGUUCAGCACCCUAUACGUGGUUUAUUUCUUCGUCAUUACUUAGGAGGUAUGACUCGCGACUUUUUAUCUAAAAAAAGUGAACAGUUAGAUGUUGUUGUUCCGUUUAUUUUAACAAACUUUGCUGAAAUGAAUAAGUUAUGGGUCAGGCUGCAAUACUUGGGCCACACAAGGGAUAGAUCAAAGCAUGAAAUGGAAAGAAAAGAAAUAGGGACAUUGGUGGGCACCAACUUGGUACGAUUGAGUCAAUUAGAUGGUUUAAAUUCAACAAUUUAUCAAAGAGAUAUAUUGCCAGAAAUUUUAAGUCAAGUGGUAUAUUGCCAUGAUGCUAUGACACAAGAAUACUUGAUGGAAGUGAUUGUUCAAAUAUUUCCAGAUGAAUUCCAUCUUCACACAUUGAAGCCAUUCUUAGCUACCACAGCUCAGUUACGUCCAGAAGUAAAAAUUAAAGAUAUCAUUAUGAAUUUACUCGGUCGAUUAACUUCCUUUGCAAAGAAUGAGGAAAAGCUACAAGCAGAUAAUGAACUAUUUAUCCUAUUUUGGAAUGAAAUUAUGGAUUUAAUUAAAAAACGUCAAGAGUUUUCAAUACAAGAUAUAACAUCUUUAUUGCUAUCUUUAGCCAACUUUUCAGUGUUGACUUAUCCAACUAGACUUGACUACCUAGAUCAAAUCUUCCUAUUUACAAAAGAUUUUAUAUCCAAUUGGCACACCACAAAGCAGUCAGAAUCUAAUAUGUUACAGUUAUUACUAUUACCAACCAAGACAUGGGAUAUUUUAAUGUUCAUUACGACUUUGAAACAUUAUCAACCAUUAUUAGCUUUGCAAUCUUACGGAACUCGACGCACAGUUACUUUAACAAUUCUAGACAGUGUAUUAGGAAAGGUUGCUUGUAUUGAUGAACCAGAACAAGUUUAUCAAAUUCUGCAAAUAUGCCAUGUACUGGUGAGUAACGAUAAUAAAAAUACGAGUAGUGAUUUUGUGACACAGCAGUUGUUACAACCCUAUUAUACACAUGAGGAUAAUCGAAACGAACAAGGAUGGAUAGCAAGGCUAAUUCACUUGUUUUAUUCCAAAGAUGAAGAUGUACAAUUUUUGUUAUUGUCUGCUGCGAGGCAACAACUAGAGAAAGGAAAUGAAAGCAUAAUCAAAACUACAUUUCCAUCAUUAAUUAUAUCAGGCUUAAAACUAGCAAAAAGAUAUUAUAAUAAGAAACCAAGAUUUUUGAAGUGUCCAGAAAAGGAGGAAAAAAGUAACGAUAAAGUUAUAAAUACAAAUAAUACGAAUCAGUUUGAGGAUGACGAUAAUCAUAAACUGCAACAAGAAAAGGACAAUAAAACAAUAUCAAGUUCAAACCCUAACACUCUCUUUGAAGAAUGGUCAACAAAGAUGACUACUCUAUUUCAUUUCAUUCACCAAACAAUCAUGACUUAUUACCAGCAAUGCUUCUCUACAGAAUCACAGAGUGUACAAUUCUUAUUAAUGACAGGUCAGAGCGCACAUUAUUGCGGAUUACAGGAAAUUGCUAAUAAUUUUUAUCUUGAUGCUCUAUCUGUCUAUGAAGAAGGUGUAUCUCAUUCAAGAACCCAAUUUGAUACUAUUGUUUAUAGUAUUGGAACCUUCUUAUCAUCCAGAUGUGACGCUACACUCUCUGCCAAAGUGACACUAUUCAGUACUAAACUAUUAAAGAAGCCAGAUCAAUCCAGAGCUCUCUAUCUUUGUUCACAUCUAUGGGAAGACACACAUUCACAUUUAGUUGAAUGUUUACAAAAAUCGUUAAAUAUUGCAAAUAGUUGUAUGGAUACUAUAACAAAUGUAAUGCUAUUAAUAGAAUUAUUAAAUCAAUACUUGUAUUACUUCGGAAAAGAACAUUCUUUAGCUUUGAAUGAACUCAUAGACUUGACAUUAUCACGAAUGAAGCAUUUGCAACCUCAAGAGUAUCCUAUUAUUACAUCUAAUUCCUCUUCUUUAUUAGAUCUUACAAAAGAGGAUGAAGCUAGUAUUAUAGAAUAUGUGACGCGUCAAUUUAACCAAACUUUAAACCAUUUAAGAUUCUGUCAACAAGCAUCAAAACAAUAGUUUGGUGUUAAUAUACCAAAAAAUAAAAUAAAAUAAUAG